UGUACUACUUUAGUUUGUGUGUGUGUGUUUGUUUCUAUGCAUUUAGUUUCGUUUUCUCUGUACUUUGCCUUCAGAAGUCAGUUUGUGUUUCCUCUGCCUUGCCCUUACAGGAACACAGUCCUCAAUAUCUGUGGAAACAAGCCAGCUCAGGAGCUGAGGCGGAGUGUGUUCAACUUUGACAAGAUUCAGCAGUCGGAAGACUGUCCCUGUGAGGAUCCUGUGACACAGAUACUGGGGGAAACAACAGGUGCGUCCUUCAGUUGACAGGAAACUGCCCUGCAAAGUCUGUGUCUCUGCUUAGUUCAUGUCUGGAUCAGUUCAAUGCGGGGACCACCACAGUGGCUCUGAAACUAUUACAUUCUUCUCAUGCAGGCACCUCCAGCACCGCCUGUACCUCUGACACCCCCAGCACCUACAGUCCUUUCAGCUCCUUCAGUUUCUUCAGUUACAAACGAGUCUGCGCAGGAAGCAAAGACUGGAGGAAAGAGUUCUCCAUCAAGCAGCAUGAACAAGAGGGAGAAGAAAAUGACCAGUUCUCUUCAGCCUUCUGGGGAGAAGGUGAUAGGAAAGGAGGGGAGCCCCGUGGACAAACUAUCCAGACUCCAGCACGAGGUGUUCACGCUCACUGAGGGGCUCAAGUCACAAAAGGAGCUGGUGCGACUCCUUCACAAGGCCCUGGAGGCAGCACAGCAGGAGAAGAGGACCAGCAAACAGUUCCUGGCAGCAGCAGGGGAGCAGGAGCGGCUGGAGCUGGUGCGGCGUACAAUAAGACUGACGUACAAUAAGACUGACAUGACGUACAAUAAGACUGACAUUACAUUUUAUAUAUUCACAAAUAAUGGAUUUAUUUAA